AUGGCCGCCGGCUCGUCUCGCGGGGUGAAGCGAGAACUGGAUUCCGGAGAGCCGGAAGAAGCACAAGGAGACCAGGACGAAUCGGAGAGCAUUGUUGCCUUUGCGCUCUACAAACCCAGGCCAAUGAUCACAGACAUGACCAAGGGAGGCAUGGGAGAUAUUGCGAGGAGGAUGUGUCCUACGAGGCCACCCAAGCCAGUUGGGCAGCUUGACAGGUGCACGACUGGGCUCAUGAUCUUCACGACCAAUGGUCGCCUUACUUGCCAUCUAAACAGUCAUGUGUCCAAGACCUAUCGGGCUUGGUAUGAUGGUUGGACAAGCAGCAAUGGAAGGAGCUCCGCUGAGCUUACAGAUGAGCAGUGCCAGCAGCUACGGGAGGGCAUCUGCCUGUCGCGUGGCGAUGGCUGGGCCAACUUCGAGACCGUGCAGCGGAGGGAGUGUGAAGAGCUCCCCAGCAUCCAACUGCCCACAGGCGAGAAGAUGCGCAAAUUCCGCUACUGUGCCGACGUGCGCAUCAGCUCCGGCAAGUUUCACGUAGUGAAGAGGCUUUUCAUGUCUGUUGGGAAGUCGGUCAUCCGGCUGCAUCGCCUUGAAGUAGCUGGCCUCUCUUUGGAGAAGUGCGGCCUUGAGAGGCCGGGUGACUUCGUCCAGCUUUCGGACGAGCUGCGAGAUAGUGGGCAUCACGCGGACAUUGCGUUUGCCAAGCACGAGAAAGAGAAAUCGGACAAUAGGAACUUCGAGGGAACGGCUGAACGAGGGAGAUGCCCCGCUGCAAAUGCGCAGCAGGCACAGGACGCAGUCAGCAGCUUGCGAACUGCUACGCCGUCGAAGUCGAAGAGGAAAAAGGCUUGCAAGAAGAUCAAGCUCUGCUCGGACACAUCGCGGCGAGAACUCUGA